GGACAAGCCUCCCAGCAGCACCCAGAGACAGGCUGGGAAGAAGUAGCCCACUGCCGAGCUGUGGGGCAGGUGCGUGAGCUGGUCUGAGCCUGGCACUGCAAGCCUCAGAGCAAAGCAAAGAACCCUUUGUGGGAAUGCCCCUUGCAGGGACUCCUGCUCCUGUUAAAAGGAAAAAGUCCACUAAGCUCACUGGGAAGCUGACACACGAAGUCAUGCCACAAGAGGUAUCCAAGCUGAACUUGGGGAAGAAGAUCAGCAUCCCCAGAGAUGUGAUGCUAGAAGAGCUUUCUCUCCUCACUAACAAAGGAUCCAAGAUGUUCAAACUACGUCAGCUGAGGGUGGAGAAGUUCAUUUAUGAGAAUAACCCUGAUGCCUUCGCCGACAAUUCUGUGGAUCACUUUCAGAAGUUCAUCCCACCAGGAGGGCAUUAUGGGGAAGAUGCUCAUGGCUAUGCCCACGGGCGGAUGGUAGGAGGAGUGACAGCUGGGCAGCACGGCUCCAGUAAGCAGCAGUAUCCCGGUGUUCCUCCUCGGCCUGGAAGCAAAGGGGGCCCAGGGGACAGUGAAGGGGAUCGUGCGGGGGAAUCAGCUGGAGGUGGUGAAGGAGGCGAUGGUACCGACAAAGAUGGAAAGUCAGGAGGCAAAAAAAUCACUGUAUUUAAAACUUACAUCUCCCCCUGGGAACGUGCAAUGGGUAUCAGCCCUGAGGACAAAAGUCAGUUCACCAUUGACUUACUGUCAUAUAGUCCCAAAGCUGAUUUCCCCCAUUACAAGUCUUUUAACCGGACUGCCAUGCCUUACGGAGGUUAUGAGAAAGCAGCCAAACGGAUGACCUUCAAAGUGCCUCAGUUUGAUAUUUGCCCUUUGCUUCCAGAAUCUCUCAUGAUAUAUAAUCAAAAUUUCCGCAACAGACCCUCCUUCAACAGAACCCCAAUACCUUGGAUGCCUUCAGGAGACUCCUCUGAGUACCACACUGAGGUCAAUGUGCCAAGGAGUGGUGAAACAGAAGAGCUGUAAAUCCCCACCACCGAGGCCUUCCUUUUUUUCUCAGCCCUUUCUAUUUGCAAGUUGAUAGCAAAGAGCUGAAAAG